AUGUCUAUUUUUGGUCGUGAAUUGGUCAAACUUUUAAGAUGUUUUAAAAACAAUUAUUGUAAAAACAACAAUAACAAAUACUACAACUACUACCAGUCAGUUAAACUGUCAUCUUCUUUUUCACAACAACAACAAUCAUCACCACAAAAUUCACAUUUUGAAAUUGAACGCAAAUUUACAUUUGAUCUUGAGAGAAUACCAAUAUUAGAAAGUAACAAGGGACCAAUUAAAUUCCAAUCGAUCAAAUUUCUCUAUUCGAAAUCUUUUACGGACGUUUAUUACGACGAUGAUGAUAAAAAUUAUCCAUUGUCCACACAAGAUAUUUGGUUGAGAGAACGAGAUGGAAAAUGGGAAUGCAAGACACCGAUGAAUCUUACACCGUCAAUGGAUUCGUAUCACGAACUUGUAACACAUCAAGAAAUUGAUAAAUAUCUCAACAAGAAACUUACUCCAUCUUCAUCUAGCAAUGAUGAUGAUUUUUCGUCGAGAAUAUCAUUUAAAAAUCGAAUAAUUAAUCGGUAUGGAUUGAAUGAAUUUUGUAGAAUAACAACAACUCGAAAACAUUAUUUUGUUGAUGAAGAGUUCACACUUGAUUUGGAUACAACAGACUUUGGACAUCAUAUUGGUGAAUUGGAAUUGGUGGUUGGGAAUGAGGAGGAUGUGCCCAAAGCCGAAUUCAGAAUUGCUCAAUUUUUAAAGAAGCAUGAUUGGUUUUUUGACACCACUAGUGAAGUUGUUAUGGGAAAAUUGACCGCAUACAUAAUGAAAUUUAAUCGAAAGCAAUGGAAGUGUAUGGAAAAGUCUGGAAUUUUAAAAAAGAAAUUGUUUCCAGAGAGUAUGGAUGAUGUUGUUAAUAAGGGAACUAACUAA